AUGCUGCAACCGCGUCUGCUGCUACUGUGUCUACUCACCGCCAGUUUAACCGUCUAUACCGUGCGAGCGAGUUCACAUUUGAAUAACAUUAAUUCGGUAAAUUCCGCAGAUUCUUAUGAUAAACAAGAUACGUGGCAGCCAAUGUCGCGCAAUAAUUGGAUUAUUCUGCAAACAGCGGCGGGAAAGAGUGCGGCACGCACUCAACCAACACGCAAACAUACACACACAUAUACCUACACUAAAACUCAUCCACAUAUAUACGCACAAACUCCACGACAUCCUGUUAAUUAUUACGCAUACAAUCAAAGCGGCGGAAAUUACCAGUCGGAUAUUAAACCCAUAGAGCCUUAUGUGUUACAAAUAAGCCACAUGCGACGUACCGAUACAUCGCCAGGUAGUACGUCGACAAGACACAAGCUGCCCGCCUCAACAAUCUACAGUCGCAAUUCGCCAAAGGAUGUUAUGAGUGCAAACAGCAUUAGCCCAAAUAAACACUUGAAUAGAUUACAGGAUAUCGACAGUAGUGUUGACGGAACUGACGAUGAUGCGGCUGAUUCGCCGUCGCUUGCUGCUGCUGAUUACACCUCCGAUGAUGUCGAAGAUAUUCGUCUUAAUGAAAUGUUUGUGCCAUUGCGAAACACUCUGGAUAAAGUUAUAGAUUUUUGUGAUGCUGUGAAGUACUUGAUUAGCAGUGUUGAUGAUGCUGCUGAUGAAAACGUUGAUGUUAAUGCUGAUGAAGAAACUAAAGACGAUGCCGACACCGAAGAUGAUGAAGAUGUGUACAAUGUGGGAGCAUCGGGUGAAGUUCAAGGUCAUAACAGUAUCUCAUCAAUACGCGCAUUCGGUAAACCAGCAACAAAUGAAUUAUCCAUUGGAACAGGUCGCAAAUCGAAGAAGAAGAAGCUCAAAAAGCAAUUCAAAAAAUUGCUGCUUCCGCUGCUGCUGGCUUAUAAGCUUAAAUUUAUUACGCUAGUACCAGUACUGGUAGCCGGUCUGACCCUGCUGGUGGGCAGCACUGGCGUGGCGGGUUUCUUCUUCGCGCUAUUCGCUGCCGUGAUGAGUCUCAAGUCGACUGGGCACGCUAAGUCUAUUAUUGUUAAAGAUGGUAGCUAUUAA